CUGCCCUCCUCACCACAACCUCUACCAUCCUCACCAUAAUAUCCUGCUCAUCCACGGCUGCCUUUGUCCUGGAGAUCGACAGCAUUGCUGCUGUCCUCGUCUUUCUUCUCCUCCAGCUCCCCAGCCACCUUGUCUGCCUACAGCAGUUUGGCUGUCUGCCAGUAAGUGUGUCUCACCUCGCGCCAACCCCCCCGGUUCAUCGCCAGUGCGGCUGCUUUCAAGCUCUUCCCAGCUGAAGCAAGACUCCUCCCAUCUCCUCCUUCGUAUGGUGCCAGAGCGUAGUCCGAACUAGCAGUGCAUCGUGACUGACGGUGCUCAAUUGACCCUUGCAGCACCAGGCAGCAUCUCCCCCAAGCUUCCAGAGCAACUACAAGCUACCGCCUUCUACGCUGC